AAAAAAAACAGAAAUACAUAAUAAACGGGACGAAUUUGAAUGUUCAUAGUUUAGUUAUUACUGCAGCCAUGGUACAGUCUUGUUCGGCGUAUGGCUGUAAAAACAGAUACCAUAAGGACAAAAAUAUUUCUUUUCACAAGUAAGUUGAACUGCAGCCGGACGUUCCGCCGUGCGUUUUCGAAAGGAAGGCAAAGCAUACGACGUGGAGCCAUGGAGCCGCCAGCAUGUGUGCAGAGUGCGAAACCCUGGGCUGGGUGACGUGAGGUGACAGGGGCUUACAAGAGGCUGGGUGAGGUGACAUUAGAUUUACACGAAGGGACAUGAUGUGACACAAGGCGAAGUGAGGUGACAUGCACUGAAAUUAGGUCACAUUUGAAUUACAUUACAAAGUAUAUGACGUUACAUGCAGUGAAAUGCGAUAAGGUGAGAGAGUACGCCUCCAGCCUUCCCGGUCCGAGUUUGGCAUCUCUGCCCUAAACUGCAAUAGUGAUUUAGAACAGAAAGAGGCACAGCUGGAAUGAAUGAAAGAUUCCCACUUGCACGUCCAGAUAUAUGUGGAAAAUGGGUGGCGGCAAUGAGAAGGAACAACUUCAAGCCGACAAAGUACAGCAACAUCUGCUCACAGCAUUUUACAAAAGACUGCUUCAAACAGGAGUGUAACAACCGGGUUCUGAAAGAGAAUGCAGUUCCAUCACUCUUCUGCUUCGGCAGGACACAGAAAAAGGAAGAAGCUCUGGAUGGUCGAGACGUGCCACAGGUGUCGUUUCCCCUGGUGCUUCCCAUCCCAGAGGCUGAGCAGUCCCAGGCCCAGCUGCAGGUGGUGGUGAACCCAGCGCUGCUCCCGAACACGUCAAUCCCCUGCGACCACAACUACACUGUGGAGGACACCAUGCAGCAGAAGAAACGAGUGGAGCAGUUAGAGGAGCAGCUGGACAAGCUACGCAAGAAGCUGAAGACCGUCCAGCAGAAGUGUCGCCGCCAGGAGAGGCAGCUGGAGAAGAUGAAAGCCAUGAAGGAGUCACAGGAUGCCAGCAGGGAGCCCAUAAUGAGAGAGAGCUACGUUAUCCUGCCCAAGGAGCUCUAUGACGUCCUGAAAGGAACAGAGUCUGUGGGUGGCUUGUAGUGGCCUUGGCUGCUUGGGGAAACCCAGCAGAAAAUGUCAUGUAUUUCCAUUUUGGGUUCCUCUCAUUGCACUCAACAAAGUGUCAUCCAAUCCCAGGCUUACUGAUAAUCCAUCACUGGAAAUUUUAAGCAUCUAAAGAGACUAGGAUGAUUCAGUUUUGGUGUAUUGGUAGUGGACUGCAUUCAGAAAAUUCUGAGGUCCCUUAUAGACCAAAGCAAAGUGUGCACAGGUGGCGUGGAUAGUGUCGCAUGUGAAUUUGAACCCUGUUCAUGGUAGGCAGGAGUGUACAGGUCCACAGCGCUCAAACCAAGCCCUCAACUGAACUGCUUAAAGGAUGGUCUCCCCUCGCUCUCAGUACAAAGGCUGUUAGAGGUUUAAAGAUAAAAGGCUGCUCUCAUUUAACCAGAGUUCAUAACCACUGGUCUAUGCAAAUCCUGGGUCGAACUAAUUAACUCUUAACCAAGAGUAGGAAAUUAUGGGGUUUGGGGUAAAUUAUCUAAUUUAAGAAAGCAUGCAAAAUGAUUGAAGUUGGAAUAGCAGUAUUAUAAAAUGUGUCUGUAAGAAUUUGUUUACAGUAAUAUUGCACAAAGGAUGUGAAUUGCAGCAGUAGUGAGAUAUUCUACAGUACUAAGAACAGCAGAGUUUAAUAACAUUUUGUAAAAUGCUGUGUACUACUGUGUAAAUUCUGCUCGUUGAGUUGAGACAACUGUUUUGAUCUCCUGAAGCACCGAUGGUAGCACCAAUAAACAGAAUGGCGGUGAG